CGCUCCUGACGCUCAAAUUUUCUGAAAAAUGCCUGGUACUGGGAGCAAUAUCGAAUCUUUGCAAGCCGAGAUUUCUCGUCUUCGUAUGGAGAUGCAGGCCUUGCAUACUAAACAAGGCGCGGACACAGUGAGAAUUGGCGACUACCUUUUGACCAGGCUCGCUCAACUGGGCGUUCGGCAUAUGUUCGGCGUUCCCGGUGACUUCAACCUUGGUUUUCUUGAUCUUGUCGAAGACCAUCGUUUGAUGGAAUGGGUUGGUAACUGUAACGAAUUGAACGCUGCCUACGCUGCCGAUGGUUAUGCCAGAGCCAAGAGCACCAUCGGCGUCGUUCUUACCACCUUCGGAGUGGGCGAACUGUCCGCAACCAAUGGAAUUGCCGGAGCGUUUUCCGAGAUGGUUCCCGUACUCCAUAUCGUUGGAGUGCCAAGCACCACUCAGCAGAAGAAGCGACCCCUCCUCCACCAUACGUUGGGAGACGGGAGAUUCGAUGCGUUCAGCAAAGCCGCCGGGCAAUUCACCUGCUAUCAGACCAUGAUAAACGACCCAAACACAGCGGCGUCCGAGAUCGACCGCGCCUUGUCCGAAUGUAUUACCAAGAAUCGACCAGUCUAUUUGAUGCUUCCCACCGAUAUGGUCAGCUUCGAAAUCACUUCCAACCGCCUGCACACGCCACUCACUCGACGAGAAACACUGAACGAGUCUCAAGUCGAAGAGUUCGUUCUGGAUCUCAUCGAGCUGAGAGUCAAGGAGGCUGAAGCGGACGUCGCGGUCCUCGUCGAUGCGUGUGUUAUGCGUUACGGCAUCCGGAAGGAGGUUAUGGAGUUUUUGAAAGAGACUGGCUUCCCUGUUUUCGCCGCUCCCAUGGGUAAAACCGCAGUCGACGAGAACUGGAAACGCUAUGGAGGAAUCUAUGUUGGUUCUGUCACUCCUCCGGAAGUGAAGGAGCAAGUGGAAAAGGCUAAAUUGAUUCUUUCGAUUGGUUCCCUUCAAACUGAUUUCAAUUCUGGGAACUUUACUUAUAACAUUCCCACCCGCCGUCUCAUCGAACUCCACUCUUCCUACACUCAAGUCCAAUAUGCUGUGUUCCCAAACAUCGGCUUUAAGGAACUGCUUCCCAAGUUGAAAGACCGACUUCAGCAAUUCUAUCCCAUCGCCAACAAGAUCCCCGUUACGCCGUUCGCCAAUAGGCUUCCUCAAGAGGCUACGCAGUCGAUUACCCAGGCUUACUUCUGGCCGCGAAUGGGUCAUUUCUUCAAGUCGGGCGAUAUCAUUGUCACUGAAACUGGAACGGCCAACUUCGGUAUCAUGGACGUCCCGCUUCCACCCAAGUCGCACCUCCUCAGUCAAAUCUUCUGGGGAAGUAUUGGCUGGUCUGUCGGGGCUGCUCUUGGGGCCGCGGUCGCGGCUCGGGAGAUGAAGUCUGCGGGUCGUGUCAUUCUAUUUGUGGGAGAUGGAAGUCUUCAACUGACUGUUCAGGAGCUGUCGCCGAUGAUUCGUUUGGGUUUGAAGCCGAUUAUCUUUGUCCUCAACAACCACGGCUAUGUUAUUGAACGUAUGAUUCACGGCAAGCACCGAAAAUACAACGACAUCGCCGACUGGAAAUGGUCCCAGCUUUUGGACGUCCUCGGCGAUCGCCAAACCGAAACGGCUUCGCACACCCUCACCAACAAGCAGGACCUGGAUAGGCUGCUCAAUGAAGACAGCUUUAUGAACCCGGACAAGAUUACGCUGAUCGAGGUGUUGAUGGAUCGGUUGGAUGCGCCGAGGAUCUUGAAGUUGCAGACUGAGCUGAGCAGCAAGCAGAACAUCUAUGCUCCGGCCAAGUUGGGUACCGUCAAUAGCCCGGUGUAG